AUGGUCUACGCUUUCACCCUCCCCACCACCUCCCACCUCUCUUUCCAAACGUUCAUUUCCUCCAGCACUCAUCCGUCACUCCCUCAAUCCGCCUCGACCGCCCGCCAUGCCCUGCGCGCCGCCCUCAAGGCCCAUAAACGCCUACCCCGCGGUACGCAACGAGACUCGCAUCUCUCGGCCAUCAUAACCACCGCGUCCGACUACCUGCCCUAUCUCCAGGCCAUCUCCACCGGCCUCUCCGGCUCCUCUUCCUCUCCAUCUUCCUCUUCUCCAAUCGCCAUCACCCAACACUCCGACAUCGAAUCCGAAUGGCGCGCCACGCUCUCCUCCCCCGCCGUCCUCCACUCCCUGCGCUCUAAAGCCUCUCGCUCCUCCACCUCCUCCGGCCGCGUGCGCCUUCCUGGUAUCGAUGCCGAAAUCGCCUUCGUCCUCACCACCCUCGCCUACGCCCUGUCCAACCUCGCCCACUCCACCGUCACCCGCGCCCUCUACGCCGCGACGACCCCGACCCCCGCACAACGCACCACCGCCAUCCAAACCGCCACAAAGCACCUCCUCCAGGCCUCGGCCAUCCACGCAUCCCUCGCCUCGCAGACGAACCGCGCCUUCCUCCUCACCGUCCCGGACCUUGACCCCGCCACACAAUCCGCCCUCUCUGCCCUCGUCCUCGCAGAGGCCACCCUCCUCGCCGUCCUCAAAGAUGACUCCUACGUCGCGGCGUGCAUCCAGGCCCGCAACCCCAGCGAUAAGGAGUGGAUGGUUCGCGCGCCUGAGAUCCCCAAGGUGCGUGCGCACUUGUUUGCUAGGCUGUGUAUCCGUGCCGCGGAGUAUGCGGAGCAAGCCGGUGCCGGGAUGGGUGCUGUUGGCGGGGGCGAGACGCGGGGUCGCGCGGGCGGUCUAGAUGAUGAGGUGCUCCGGUAUGUGAGGGUUCUGGGGCGUGUGGCGAGGGCGCGCGCGUGUCGGUUCUUUGGGGUUGAUGCGGAGCUGGCGGGGAAGAUUGGAGAGGGGAUUGCGUGGUUGAGGGCGGCGAGGGGCGCGUUGGCGUUGGGGGUCGGGAAUGGUGGUGGGGAGAGUCAGGAUGGAGGAGCUGCUGCAGGAGGAGAAGGGGGCAAGGGUCGGGGAUUGUCGAAGUUGAAGCAGGGAUGGAUGGAGAGGCGGGAGGAGAGGCGCAUGGAGAAGGACGCUGGGGGGAGGAGCGUCGAGAAGGUCGAGAAGGGAGAUCUUGGACCCGGGGAUCAUGCGGGCAGGGAGGAGGAGGGGAGAGUGAUUGAGAUGUUGGAGGUGAAGUGGGUAAGGAUGAAUGAUACGAUCAACACGCAAUUGAUCCCUCCCUCGGCAGAUCUGCUGGCCAAUUUGCCCUCCGGAAGAGAUAUCCACUCCGCGCCGGUUCCGUACAAGCUUCCAUCGCUGGAUGAAGAUCGGCUGGCCGGGAUGCGUGCGCCCCCAGCAGAAGACGACUUUGCGCCUGGCAGCGACGUCGACGACAGCGAGGAGGACUCUCGCCGUGAGAACCUUCAUUCGUACACGCCGGGAGGGUUGCCAGAGCGGAGCGAAAAGACCAGUACUUACUACUGA